AUGAAGAACUUAUUUCUCUGUUUGUUGCUCCUUCUCUUCAUGGGUAGUUCUCAUUCUUUGUACAAAGAUGAAGAACAAGAGAGAGAUAGAAUUACAUUAUUACCUGGGCAACCAACAAAUGUUGGAUUUUCUCAAUACUCAGGUUAUGUAACAGUUAAUGAUGAAUCUGGUAGAGCUUUGUUUUAUUGGUUGGUUGAGGUUCCAUUCGCAAAGGGAAUAAUUCAUCAGUCAAAACCUCUGGUUUUGUGGCUUAAUGGUGGACCUGGAUGUUCUUCUUUAGCUUAUGGUGCUGCUGAAGAGAUUGGACCUUUCUUUAUACAUCCUGAUGGGAAGACUCUUUACAUCAAUCCUUAUUCUUGGAAUAAUUUGGCCAAUUUGCUUUUCCUAGACUCACCAGCUGGUGUUGGUUUUUCUUAUACAAACACUACUUCUGAUUUAUACACGGCCGGGGACAAAAAGACAGCUGAAGAUGCAUACACAUUUCUAGUCAAUUGGAUCGAGAGGUUUCCGCAAUACAAACACCGCGAUUUUUACAUCGCCGGAGAAAGCUAUGCAGGUCAUUAUGUUCCUCAGUUGUCUCAACUGAUUUAUGAAAGAAACAAAGGGAUUAAGAAUCCAGUUAUUAAUUUCAAAGGUUUCUUGGUGGGAAAUGCUGUUAUAGAUGAUUAUCAUGAUUUUGUUGGUACAUUUGAAUAUUGGUGGACACAUGGAUUGAUUUCCGAUUCUACGUUCAAAUUUCUUCAAAAAACAUGCGAUUCUGUUUCUUUACAACAUCCAUCGAAUGAUUGUACAAAAGCUCUCGAUGUUGCCCAAUGGGAAAUGGGGAAUAUUGAUCGAUAUAGCAUUUACACUUCUCCAUGCAAUAAUUCUUCAUCUUUAAAGACUAACCUUAGAGGACAUUACGUAAGCGUAUCAAAUAAUUUAAAUCAUCAACGGAUGUCGAGAGCUUAUGACCCAUGUACAGAAAGAUACUCAGAAACUUACUUCAAUCUGCCUGAAGUUCAAAAGGCAUUGCAUGCAAAUAUAACCGGUAUAAACUAUCCAUGGAAGACGUGUAGUGAUAUUGUUGGAAACAACUGGGGAGACUCCCCGGUUUCAAUGCUUCCUAUUUAUCAAGAACUUAUAGCUGCUGGUUUGAGAAUAUGGGUAUUUAGUGGAGACGCUGAUUCAGUGGUUCCGGUGACUGCGACUCGAUAUUCCAUCGAUGCGUUGAAGCUCCCAACUAUAACCAAUUGGUACCCAUGGUAUGACAAUGGAAAGGUUGGUGGGUGGAGCCAAGUUUACAAAGGGUUGACUCUAGUAACGGUUACAGGAGCAGGGCAUGAGGUUCCUCUUCAUCGGCCUCAACAAGCCUUUACUCUUUUCAGGUCCUUUUUGGAGGACAAACCUAUGCCUUAUUCUGGUUGAAAAUUUACAGUUAGAUUCAGUUCAAUUGUGAACUCUAUGUGAGGAGAAAGGAUAUGAAAUAAAAUAAAGCAUAAAUAAAAAGUAUAAAAACUUGAUUUAUUUUGGGUUGGAGUUAAAUUAUAUAAAUGGAGCCCUUCAUUAAAUUGUUAGCAAAUGCUUUGUUGAUCUUAGACUAUUAUCCAUUA